AAGAAAUCAACAUCACACAACACAAAACGCACCCGUGUGCAGUGUAGCCCGUGUAUUCCACACGUUGCCCGUCGUCGUCGUCGUCGCUGUUGUUCUCGUUGUCAUAGUUGUUAUUGUUGUUGUUGUGUGUUAUUAUUGCUGUCGGCGUAGGGGGCACCAUCAGAGCAGCAGCAGCAGCAGCAGCAGCUAAAGCAGCGGCAUCUUUUGGGUCUGUUUGCCCAAACUAUUCGGUCGUUUACGGUCGCCGUGGUCAGCUCGUCGCAACGCCAGCCAGCCCGUCCGCCCGCCACGCUGCGGCCAAUUGACAGCUCGUAAAAAUCAUAAAAAUAAUCAUAACAAUAAUCGUAAAAAAUUAGGACUCGCACAUUGGCCACAGUCGGACGCAGACAUUUUCAACGCGACAUAAAUCGCAAGCAGAAGAAACGCGCGCGUUUAUUUCCUCUCUCUAUCUCGCUGUUCUUCUCGUUUUUAUGAUGUUGACCCACGUAGAUACUUAAGAGCCCAUAAACACCUACCGUUCCAACGUCUGGCAGGUGUCUAACUCGGCAAUCAAAUUGUGCAAUAAGUGAAUUAGUGUAAAGUUACACUUGCUACACUCUACAACCAAAACAAGAAGUAAAGUGUUUCACGUUAGAUAUUCGGCUUGAUUUGGCCAUAGCCAAAGCGAGUGAACGAGCAAAGUUCUUAACAUUUCUAGUCCAAAAGCAAGCAAUAUUUACACAAACCCAGCAGACAGCCAAAAAGAGAAAAGAAACGAAACGAAAAGAAAGUUCAGAUAAAAACAUAUAACAAAAAAAAAGAAAGCAAAGGAAAACAAAAAAUUAUCAAAUAAAGUUUUUGGUGAAAAAGUUUCGGCGCACGUGCACAACCGCUAGUUGAAUUCAUAAACCACACAAGGAUCAAGGAUUUGCGCAGUCAAAUUGGAUUUAGACGCUGCAUUUUUGGAUUAUCUAUCACUAGCAAAUUGGAUUAGCUGCUGGAACGGAAUUUAUGGAUUACCAAGAGCAUCACAAAAGAGUUUCAAAAUCAAAAUUGAAAAUACCAACUAGAGGUUAAGGCUACUUAAGGAUUUAGGCAACAGCAAUUACAACACCAACGGAUUUUCUACCAAAUUAAGAGGAGGCAAGGAGCCUACACAGCAAACAGAGGAACAGAGGAACAGCAGAACGCGAAUCAAGUUAUACCUCACACAAAAAGCGCACCCCUUACACACACACACACACACACCCACACACAUCUAGACAACUAAGUUUAAGGCGCAACUGUACAUUGUACUUAAGUGUUCAAAGGAUAUUUAGUUUACUUUGUAUAUAGGAAAGUAGCUAAAAGCACACGGAGUCGAGUCACAGUCACUAGCAACUAAGUAACCAGGCGCUAUCCACAGUAAAAUUAACAGUAACAGUAACAGUAACAGUAACGGAAACGGUAACGGAAACGGAAUCGGUAGGAGUAACUGCGUAAGUAACAGUUAAAGGAACGGUAACAGUCAGGAGACAAGGAGAAGAACAAAAAUGACGAUGAGUACAAAUAACUGCGAAAGCAUGACGUCAUAUUUCACAAACUCGUAUAUGGGAGCGGACAUGCACCAUGGCCACUAUCCGGGCAACGGCGUCACCGAUCUCGAUGCGCAGCAGAUGCAUCACUAUAGCCAGAAUCCAAAUCAGCAGGGCAACAUGCCCUACCCGCGCUUCCCGCCCUAUGACCGUAUGCCCUACUACAAUGGCCAGGGCAUGGACCAGCAGCAGCAGCAGCACCAGGGCUACUCGCGCCCCGACAGCCCCUCCAGCCAGGUGGGUGGCGUGAUGCCGCAGGCGCAAACAAAUGGCCAGCUGGUGUCCGUUGCCCAACAACAGCAGCAGACACAGCAGCAGCAACAGGCGCAAACACAGCAACAGCAGGCGCAGCAGGCGCCGCUGCAGCAGCAGCAGCAUCCUCAGGUGACGCAACAGGUGACACAUCCGCAGCAGCAACAGCCCGUGGUCUAUGCCAGCUGCAAGCUGCAGGCGGCCGUUGGCGGCCUGGGCAUGGUGCAAGAGGGAGGCUCCCCGCCGCUGGUCGACCAAAUGGGCGGGCAUCACAUGAAUGCACAGAUGACACUGCCCCAUCACAUGGGUCAUCCGCAGGCACAGCUGGGCUACACUGACGUUGGCGUUCCCGAUGUGACAGAGGUGCAUCAGAACCAUCACAACAUGGGCAUGUACGGGCAACAGCAGACGGGUGUGCCGCCCGUGGUCGCACCACCGCAAGCGAUGAUGCAUCCGGGUGCUGGACAGGGACCCCCACAGAUGCAUCAAGGACAUCCCGGACAACAUACACCGCCAUCCCAAAAUCCGAGUUCGCAAUCCUCAGGGAUGCCGUCUCCACUGUAUCCCUGGAUGCGAAGUCAGUUUGGUAAGUGUCAAGAGCGCAAACGUGGCCGCCAGACCUAUACACGCUACCAGACGCUGGAGCUGGAGAAAGAGUUCCAUUUCAAUCGCUACUUGACACGCCGGCGACGCAUCGAAAUCGCGCACGCGCUCUGCCUGACCGAGCGUCAGAUCAAGAUCUGGUUCCAGAAUCGACGCAUGAAGUGGAAGAAGGAGAACAAGACGAAGGGCGAGCCCGGCUCCGGCGGCGAGGGCGACGAGAUAACACCACCCAACAGUCCCCAGUAGGAGGAGCAGAGGCCAAUGCAGGAGGGUUAUGAUUAUUGUUAUGGGGGAGUAGUCCAAGUCCAAGUCGAAGUCCAACUCGGAGUCCAAGUCCAAGGCCAAGUAGCGAAGCCAGCGCAAAACUAAAUGAAAUUUCAAGCUAAAUACAAUUUACAAUUUAUGAAAAAUUUUGUUUUGAACUAUCCAAGAGGACUAACUGUCUACUGCGUUGCAAAAGUACAUAAAAAGAAAGUACACUACACAACACUAAACACUAAAA